AUGUCGGUUUGAGUGUCGAAGCUCGGGAUGGUGAUAACUCGUCCAUCAUCUUGUUCGUGAAGCUUGCGUCGGAGAAGGAUCUGGUCGACGCAGUCUACAACUCGAGGUUCUAAUGAUCGACACAUGGUUCUUGGUGGGGAGAUGUGCUAAGGACUCUUCAUAGGGUCCAGGACUGGCUAUAUGGUGUCUGCCAUACGGCUCCAGAGCAGGAUGCGCAAGCCAUGCUUGAUUCGACGGUGUUGACACAGGCCGAGCGUUUGCGGAUCGUGUAUAACCUCAUCACAUCUCCAUGCGAUAAGGGCGGGGCUGGUACAACACCCAAUGGAGGUGAUUGGGAGGCGGUGGAUGCUCUCUUACCAUUGCACGAUCAAGAGUUUAAUAAACGAUGGCUGAAGGAAUGGAGUACGAAGUACGUUUUGAGUGUCGAGGAUUUGACGAAGAUACGCGAUCAUUAUGGGGAGAAGAUCGGCUUCUAUUUCGCUUUCCUCCAAUCCUACUUUACAUUUCUCCUUCUGCCGGCUAUCCUGGGUUCCAUCGCAUACUUCGUGUUCCCGUCCUUCUCGAUUGCCUUGGGUUUCAUAACUUGUCUUUGGUCUGUCAUAUUUGUGGAAUAUUGGACGCUUCAAGAAGUCGAUCUCGCGGUCCACUGGAGAGUUCACGGCGUAUCAACCAUUCAACAUGUCAGACCAGAGUUUAAGUCGGAGCGUGAGACUAAAGAUCUCAUUACGGGAGAGACUGUGAAGGUAUUCUCACCAUACAAGAGGUUGGCUAGACAAGCUCUGCAGAUUCCAUUUGCUCUUGUGGCUGGAACGGCUCUCGGAUUUCUCAUAACGCUCUGCUUUGGGAUUGAGAUCUUCAUCUCUGAGGUGUACGAUGGACCAUUCAAGAGUAUUCUGGUCUAUCUACCUACAGGACUACUUGCAACCCUAGAACCCAGCUUGACAGGCAUCCUGGAAAAAGUUGCCAUCAGACUGACAGACUUCGAGAAUUACCCUACCGCAGACUCUCACGAAGCAGCCCUCAUUCAGAAAACGUUUCUUUUCAACCUGAUCACUGGAUACCUGCCUGUCUUUCUCACUGCUUUUGUCUACAUUCCCUACGGACCUCUCAUGGCUCCAUACCUGGACGUUUUGGACUUUCUUGCGCAUAAAUAUGCAAAUGAUCCUCUCCAUCCCGUCAAGCCCUCGAUGUCCUUUCAAGUCGAUGAAUGGCGACUUAGAAAAGAGGUUAUAUACUUUGGCAUUACGGCACAGAUCAUUGACCAAUUCUUCGAAGUCGUUGUUCCGUAUGCGAAACAUAAAUGGGCGAGCUAUAUAAAAUCUCGUCCCAGUUUUUCGACGAAGCACGCUGCGAAAAAGUCUGUGCACACUGUCAACGACUUGCAGGACGAAGCGGUAUUCCUGACGCGAGUGAGAAACGAGAUUGAGCUGGAGGAAUAUGAUGUGAAUACAGACCUUAGAGAGAUGUGUAUGCAGUUCGGAUACCUAACAAACUUCUCCAUCGUCUGGCCACUGACGCCUUUAUGCUUCCUGGUAAACAAUUGGAUCGAGCUGCGCUCCGACGCCGUGAAAAUCUGCUUCGACAUGCGCCGUCCCGUCCCUCACCGCUCCGACACCAUUGGCCCCUGGCUCUCGAACCUCGGCUUCCUCACUGGACUAGGUAGCAUCAAUACCGCAGCCUUGAUCUUCCUCUUCUCAGGCGAAGCGGACUCCGAGUCUGUGAUGUGGAGGAUGAGGAGCUGGGGGUUCUUGGCGACCAUCAUCGCUAGUGAGCAACUCUACUUUGGAGUCAGGGAAUUCGUGAGGUAUGGAAUCAGGCAGUUGGAAAGUAAGGGUCUGUUGCAGGAACGAAGGGCGCAAUUUUUGGCCAGGAGAGAGUUGUUGGAGAAGGCGAUGAAGGUUAGAGGUGCGGAGCCUGCUAGGAAGAGGUCUAAGAAGGGGAAGAAGCGGGAUAGUCAGGUCUUAACGACAAUUGGCUGUCGUGAUGAGAACGUUGGGCUUGAUUCAGCGAAGAAGGAUAGCGGGGUUGAGAAGUGUUUGAAGAUGGGACGAGAUAUCAUGAGGCAAGAGGCUCCGCAGGAGAAGAAGAAACCAUCAUGAAUCCCCUGGCAGGCUCGCUAAAUUCCGAACUUCUCUGUGAGGUACUACAAAUGUCGCUACGCACUGCAAGCUGCACAAAUGACCCCUAUACUUUUUCUUUGUCCUUCUUUCUCUUCCAUGCUGCUCUAUCCACUUUCCCUUAACCGUCUCGCAUCGCCGUUGUCCACGUGGAUUGGGGUACGAAAUGCGCGGAUGG